AUGAGGCUCGCAACUCCACCCUUCAUCCUCUUUAUACUUUUUGUUCUUUACAUCAAGGCCACAGGCACAAGCUUAAACGGGAUCUUACUUAAAGAUGAUGUCCAAGAUACAAACAAAAGCAUGGGGAAUACUGGGAGCUGUGGAAUUGUGGUGAGACAUGGAACAAAUGGGAAGAUUGGGAACAUCGAGAUUGGCGAUAAAGCCCAAGAUAGUGGGACUACUGGAAGCAUCACAAUUGAAAGAAGGAAUGCCAAUACAGCUGCUUGGAUCACCACUCCAGUCCUUUUGCUCGCCACCCUCUUUAUCUUCUACGCCAGGGCCACAAACACUCUCCCAGACUCGAAUCUUACAUCUACCCAACUUCAAAACGGAACCGAGCACAAAGGCGGUGAUGGUGGUGGUGGUGGAAAAGGUGGUAGGGGUGGAAAAGGUGGUAGGGGUGGAAAAGGUGGCGGGGGUGCGUAUGGAGCCGCAAGUAGUGUGAGGGUGACUGAGACACUGCUCUUUGGCAGUGUUGCGUUUAUGGUUCUGGAAGAGCUUCGGACUUUUUUGCUUUGA